AUGGUUAUACUGUGAAGUAAUAAAUAAUAAUCAAUGUAGCAAAGGGAAAAACAGUAAAAUAAAAUUAUUGUCAUAAUGAGUAGGCACGCAUGUGGCACAUAAUAUUAUGACAUAUUAUCAUUGAUAUAGGUACUAUACUACUAUAGCAUCGACGCGGUCAUCGGAAAUAUAUUUUAUAAAUAACAUUUGAACCGGAAACAAGUACAUAUUCUAUUAUCGAAAUAUUAAAUUACAAAUAUUAAUGUAUUAUUAUAUUUAUAUAGGUAUUAAUAUUGUAUUUUAUAUUUUUAUUUUGUUAUAUAAUUUACAGUAAGUUAUAAAAUAAAGGGUAUACCUAAAUAAUAUAUUUUAUUUUUAUACUAUAAAUUUUAUAAUUUCAAUAAUAACCAUUCAGUGCAAAAACAAUAUUAUCUUUAUACAAAUAUUCGGCGAGGCCCUUUCACCGACGAGGCCCGUGGAAAAUCCCACCUUUGUAUAUAUGUAGUUCCGCCAUUGGUUUGAAUUAUUAAAAUCAACCGAACCAGCCGAUGAAACUAUUGAAACUAUUAUAAAGGAAAAGCAGUCAACUGUUGAUCCAGUUCUCACUUACUCUAAACCACACCCUCCAAUCUUUAUACGAGGCGUAGCAGACUUCCCUGGUGUUUGCACAAAAUUAAUCGAAUUAAUCGGUGUCGAUAACUUUAUUUGCAAGUAAACGGUUGAUCAAUUAAAAAUCCAAACCUCCAAUCCCGGAGCAUAUAGAACACUAGUUCGCUACUUAAGAAAUGAACAAGCUGAAUUCCAUAUAUUCCAGCUAAAUGAAGAUAAACCAAUGCGCAUAGUAAUUCGCAACUUACACCCAUCUACUUUAACGGAAUUGAUCAAAAGUGAGCUUGAACUUCGCCUAUACGAAGUUAAACAAGUUACGCAGGUUAUUCACAGAAUCAGUAAAAUACCCCUGCCAUAAUUUUUUGUCGACCUCGAGCCGACAGAUCAUUCAAAUGAAAUCUUUAAACUUGAAUCCUAAUUGCACACAAAAAUUAAAAUAGAAGAACCUCGUAAACCUAAAAUUAUCAGCCAAUGUCAGAACUGUCAAGCUUAUGGUCAUACUAAAGCCUAUUGCGGAUAUAGUCCUCGCUGUGUCCGGUGCGGUGAUGACCACUCCUCAUCUGCCUGUCCAAACUCACGACAAGACCCAAUGCGAUGCGCCCUCUGCACAGGUAACCACCCAGCAAACUACAGAGGAUGUACAGUUUAUACAAACCUCCAGCAACGUAAGAAAUCCAAUCUAAAUAAUCAAAAAUUACAUGUAAACUCUAGUUAUAAGCCUAACCAUGUACAAGAUAGCCACCCAUGUAAUACCACUCCUUACAAUCCUCCUCCUGACCAAUCUCAAACGUAUACUCGUGCAACUCAAGGUCAACAUGUAAAAUCUUAUAUUCCUCCGCCAACUCCUGAUAUUAAUUCUUUAAUGUCAAGCUUUGUAAGCGAGCUUAAGACUCUUAUCAACCCAUUAAUCUCAUUACUUACUCAAGUAAUCUCAAGUUUAUUGGCUAAAACAAAUGAAUAAUUCUGCUAUAAGUAAAUCCCUCUUAGUUUUACAAAAUGUACUAUAUGAUAAACGUAUUGACAUUGCCCUAAUCACAGAAACACAUUUCACUAAAUAUACACAUAUCUUUAUACCUGGAUACCAGCUAAUUAAAGCCAAUCACCCUGAUAAUACGGCACAUGGCAGUGUUGCAAUAUUUAUUAAAAAUUCAAUCCACUUCCAACCCCUUACCAAUUACUGUUUCGAUUAUAUUCAAUCGUGUACAAUAACAGUUAAGUUAAAUAACAUACCCAUUACUGUAGGUGCUUUUUAUUCUCCUCCGCGCCACAAUAUAUCAAAUGCUACGUUCACAGAUUACUUCAAUUCAAUUAAACAUAAUUUUUUCAUAGGUAGCGACUUUAAUGCUAAACACAAUGCUUGGGAUUGUCGUACAAAUAACCCUCGUGGAAUUUUCUUAUAUAAUUUUGUCAACACAAAUAAUUUUAAUGUACUUGCACCACCAGGCCCUACCUACUGGCCUUCUUCCCCAGCAAAAAAACCUGAUAUUUUAGAUAUAUUUGUCACUAAAAUUCCUAGUAAUUUACACUGCCUAACUAAUAACAUAUUAAAUCUAAACUCUGAUCAUUCUUCUGUUAUACUCAAUGUGUCCGCCACUGUUUUUACACGAGUUCAACUACCUAGACUUUUUUCUCAUUUUACUGACCGCCUUGAAUUUCAAAAUAUCCUUAAUCAAUGAAUUGAUUUAAAAAUUAAACUUAAGUCAAAUCAUGAUAUUGAUGAAGCAGUAAACAACUUGACUACGCUAAUACAAUCAGCUGCUUGGGAAGCCACUAAGCCUAAUAAAACACAUAAUUCUAAAAAUAAUUACCCAAUAAUAUCUGAUCAAAUUCGCUGCCUAAUAAUAGAAAAACGAAGAACUAGAGCUAAAUACCAAGUCACUAGGCUUCCUUCUCACAAAUCAGCUUAUAAUAAACUCGCUAACUCACUGAAAAAGGCUUUGGCAAAAUAUAAAUCAUGUGAAUUCGAACAAAAAUUACACUCUCUAUCUAUCACUGAUGGGAGUUUAUGGAGGGAAACUAAACGGUUACUUAAAUUUAAAACUGCCUCACCCCCACUGUUAAAUACUGACAGCUCACUCGCCGUUUCAGAUGCUGAAAAAGCAAAAGUAUUCCGAGUCCAUCUUUCUAAAACUUUUUAUCCGCAUGAGGACAUCCAUAUUCCGCAACAUAUUAUCGAUGUUGAAAAUUAUUUACAUUCUACAUUACGAAGUGCUCGCCCAGAAAAAUACUUUACACCUUAUGAAGUUAAAAGUAUGAUCUCAAAUUGUUCUCAAAAAAAAUCUCCAGGGUUUGAUCUAAUAACAGCCAAUGUUGCUAAUUGCUUACCGAACAAAGCCUUCAUACUGCUUACUUAUAUUUACAAUGCUGUAUUGAGACUCUCAUACUUCCCCACUCUCUGGAAGUUUUCGCAAAUAAUUAUGUUUGAUAAGCCGGAUAAACCUCCUGACCUACCUACAUCUUAUAGACCUAUAAGUCUAUUGCCAUACUUCUCAAAAAUUUGCGAAAGACUAAUUCUCAAACGUUUCUAUACGCACAUAAUAUCAAAAAAUAUACUCCCAUUCUCACAAUUUGGCUUUAGAGCCAAACACAGCACCGUACACCAGGUCCAUAGAGUAAUUGAUGCAAUCUCUACCUCUCUUGAAAACAAAUGCUAUUGUACUUGUGCAUUUUUAGACAUUUCCCAGGCAUUUGACAAAGUCUGGCAUGAAGGUCUUCUAUUUAAACUUCGUAAAUUUCUUCCCCCUACACUAUUUUUACUAAUGGAGUCAUAUCUCACAGACCGACAUUUUCAAGUACGUUAAGGUUCCGCCACCUCAAAUAUAGCCACAAUUAGUGCAGGAGUACCCCAAGGAGGUGUACUUUCUCCUAUCUUAUUUAAUAUUUAUGCUGUCGAUCAACCUUCUGCACAAAAUACUAUUGCUGCCAAUUAUGCUGACGAUAAAGUCAUACUAUCAGUACAUAAUGACCCACUAAUUGCUUCAAAAAAUUUACAAUCCCACCUAAAUCUACUCUCAGAAUGGUAUGCCAAAUGGAAAAUCAAAUUAAACAACAACAAAUCCAUUCACACAACUUUUACCCUAAGACACGGACUUUGCCCUAACGUAACUGUGAAUAAUUUACCUAUCCCUGCUCUUGUCACUGUUAAAUACUUAGGAUUAAUCCUCGAUAAAAGACUAACUUGGCAAAAUCAUAUAAGAAAAAAAAGAUUAAUACUUAAUGCUCGCUCCCGCUCUCUAAAAGUAUUACUUUCAAAAAAUAAAUUCUCAUCUUUAAAAACAAAACUUCAAAUAUACAAGUCUAUUCUGAAACCCAUAUGGACGUACGGGAACCAACUAUGGGGAUCGGCAAAAAAAUCUAAUUUAAAUAAAAUUCAGGCCUUCCAGAAUAUUACUCUUCGUAAAAUCACAAUGCCCCACCCUUCGUCUCUAACAUGA